GGCGUCGGUGCUUCCGUUCGUUGCUGUUACCGGCCCUGCGAGCUGCAGCCCCCUUGCCCUUUUAGGAACGCAGGUUUACCUCUUGAGAAAACCGUAUACUGGAAAUUAUUUAUUUGCUGGAAAAUUACCAUUACCUAAGGCCCAUGUAUUAAAUCGUAGGGGCUGCUCCCUUCCUAGUUUGCUGCUGUAGAUUUUUAAAAACCCGUCUUAAUUUAAAAUGUAAUUUAAGAUGGAAAAUUUAACAUGCAAACAGCCACUGAUGACAUUGUGGUAAUAAUGAAUUUAACAUUAGUGGACAAGUAUUAAACAUGUUUUAAUGCUAAUUUUUUGGGGGAGGGAAGUUAGCUAUUCAGUGAUAGCUUUGAAGUUAAAAAUCAGUCAAUGGAUGAAAUAUUUUGCUCCCAGUGAUGGACUGCAGCUACUAUUGUUGUGUGUUGGGCCAUACAGAGCGAUCUUGUAUACGUGUUUUAUGUGUAGAGGCGCUCUGAUUUUGGGGAGCACAAGCCAACCUUCAUACCGGUCUCUGUCAUUAAAAGGUACUCGGCUAAGACACCAGCGCCAGCUGCCCCUGGCCAGGAGUCUAGUUUCCUUGGGGGAAGUCUCGUGGAUUUGACAUGGCUGCAGAGGACACGGCCUCGACCCGGCUGGGGGCCGGGAGGCAGCACCUCCGUCCACUGAAGAGGAGGGGCUUGGUGCUGCUGAGACUCACGGCCAUCGUCUUUGCUGUGCUUGUCUUUUGUGAAUUUCUAAUCUAUUACCUAGUGAUCUUCCGGUGCAGUUGGCCUGCGGUGAAAACUCCCGCGGAUGCCGGUGGACUCGGGACCCCUGAGCCUGUGCUCAGGGCCAUGUUCUUGGCUGACACCCACCUGCUCGGGGCUGUGAGAGGCCACUGGCUGGACAAAUUACGGAGGGAGUGGCAGAUGGAGCGAGCCUUCCAGACGGCACUGUGGCUGCUGCAGCCUGAAGUCGUCUUCAUCCUGGGAGACGUCUUUGACGAAGGGAAGUGGAGCUCCUCCCAGGCCUGGGCGGACGACGUGGGGCGCUUCUGGAAGAUCUUCCGACACCCGCCCCAUGUGCAGUUGAGGGCCGUGGCCGGUAACCAUGACAUCGGCUUCCACUACCAGAUGAACACAUACAAAAUAAAACGAUUUGAGAAAGUUUUCAACCCUGAAAGGCUGUUUUCUUGGAAAGGAAUUAACUUCUGUGUCCCAGGGACACAGUCGCCAGUGGACAGCACAGGUGGCCCAUGGCUGAUCUCCUGCCCUUGCCUCAGUUUCGUGAUGGUUAACAGCGUUGCACUGGAAGGGGACAGCUGUGAUAUCUGCUCUGGAGCAGAGGCUGAGCUCCUGGAAAUCUCUCACCGGCUGAACUGCUCCCGGGAGCAGGAGCAUCGCCCCCAAGAGUGUGGAGACAGGCAGCGGCUGCCGGCCUCGGCCCCCAUCCUCCUGCAGCACUUCCCGCUUUACCGGAGAAAUGACGCCAACUGCUCCGGGGAGGACGCGGCAUCCCCCGACGAGAAGUACACCCCCUUCAAGGAGCGCUAUGACGCGCUCUCCCAGGAGGCCUCGAGGAAGCUGCUGUGGUGGCUCCGGCCGCGCCUGGUCCUCAGUGGCCACACGCACAGCGCCUGCGAGGUCCUGCACGGGGCCAACGUCCUGGAGGUCAGCGUGCCAUCUUUCAGUUGGAGGAACAGAAACAACCCCAGUUUCAUCAUGGGCAGCGUCACGGCCACAGAGUACGCCCUUGCCAAGUGCUACCUGCCCUGCGAGGACAUGGUUCUGACCACGUACUGCACGGCGGCCGGGGGCCUUGUGCUCCUCACGUUAGUCCACGCUGGGCUUGUAGCCUCACCUUUUCAUUUCGGUUGGAACAUGCUCAGAAAAUUUAAGACCACGUGAGUAGCAGGAGACGUUCUGCACUUAGUAGUAAGUCCCGAAGCCAACGAAACUGAACUUCGGGCAGUGCUUACGGAGGGCGAGACCAAAGUGGGCCAUGGGCACAGCUCGUAGGAUCUGGGUUGCUGGUGCAGAGUACUGCAGAAUCAAUAGUUGAUUGUGCUGUUCUCACGCUGUGAAAAUGGGACUUGUCUCUACAGCUGGUCUGUCUUCUCGUUUUAUCAAAUAUAUGUGUAAUCAAAGAUUGUGUCUGUACAGUGUGUAAAAGCUAUGAAUGUCAUCACUUGCAUGCACUAGACAGCCUUCCUUCCCCAAGACGGAGGGUUAGCUGUUCACAAAUGCUGGGUUUGCUUCUGUCCUCCUAUGAGUAGUUCUCAAGUUCUUAUAUUUUAUAAAGCUGUAUACUUAAAAUAAAAUACAGAUGCUACAAGCAGGAAUACAUUGUUCUCAAGGCUUUUGUAUUUCUGUGCUAAAUUAAUGGAGUCAGAUUUUUAUUAAUUAAUUAAUUUUUUUUGGCUGCACCACGCGGCAUGCAGGAUCUUAGUUCCCUGACCAGGGAUCAAACCUGUGCCCCCUGCAGUGGAAGCACAGUCUUGACCACUGUACCGCCAGGGAAGUCCCUGGAAUCAGAUUUUUAGAUGAGUGUAAUUUUCUCUCCAGCAGACCAAGUUGUUAAAUUUGAAUUGAAUGCCUGUCAGUGAUCAAAAGAAACUUGAAAAAUGGACCAGGAAGAGGCUUUUUGUAUUUAAAAAUAAAUAUGCCGUGGUAAUUUUAAACCGGAUAAAAUGUAUUCUUUUUGUGUUUUUUUCCCUAAGAGUCUGGCUCUUCAAUCAGACUUUUAAAUAGGAAGUUUAGUUACAGCGGAAUUGUUGAAUAAUAAUGCAUGUAAAAAUAUACAAUUUCAUUUUUUGGGGUGUAUGUGUGGGGCUGUAGCUCUUCAGGUUUUCAUGUUUUACUUUGAAAAUGCAAUGGAAACUGAAAAUCAUUUCCACUUUAUAUGUCUCAGUUCAACUGACAGUUUUAUGAAAUAAUCAAGGAUGACAGGAACAGGAAUUUGAUGAUAAUGAAAUAAAAAAAAGUGAUGGUGCAUUGUC